CUUUUGGCCACUUUUGCAUACCAUUGAUUUUUGGGGGUUAGCCGACGAGAGACGCAGAGGUAUUCACACAUGUGGUGGCCUAAGAUCUCAUUGGUCUCUUGUUAGGCCAUUCUGAAAGGCCGGUAUUUUGGGGUAUAUUUUAGGAUUUAUCUGCUAUUCAGGUAGUACAAUUUUGAAUUUGGAACGGAAUUAAUCAACCAGAGAAGACUUGCAAUGAGUUUUUCCGGAUUUUUUCUUCACUACUCCAAAGACACUGGUUUCAAGUUCAAAUCUUGCACUUUUAUGGUCAAAGGGAUUAGCUGGAGAGUCUUUUGGUGGAAUUCCAAGCGAUACCGGCCAGCACAUCACGCAACGGAUCCGAAAAAAGUUGGCAGCAAUCACACCCAUCAGAAGCUGAACAUCUCCUGUUGAGAGCAACACCUAAUCGUUAGGAACCUACGACAAAAGGAUCGGAGUCUUGUUCAGAGCACUCUUGCCGAAAACUGGCCGGCGCCUGAUUUCACGAGAUGCGAUGUUGCCGUUGCUGUUCGGAAAAGUAUCAUGGUUGGCAGAACUUCCAGCACGUACCUCAACACAAUACGGAUACCAUCAGGCAGCUAGCGUGGAUCUUCAGUUAUUAUUUUUUCUGAGCGAUCACACUUGGCUAUACCAAUGCCAUGGUCUUUGUAGUCUUGGAUCUCUUGGAUCGUGGAAAGCCGACAGUUUGCUCCGUGGCGACGCUGAAUCUGAUAGAAUCCACAGACGACUUGAGGAAUGUGAGGAAUCUACAAGAGAGCUCACACACCAAUGAGACGAUUGGAUUUCCAAAACAUGCUUGUCCCCAUUUUUUCCACCAGUUUUCUAAAUCCCUCUUGAAUCAUAAAAGAAUAUAAAAAAUUUGCAAACCCAACUAA